AUGAGCCUCCAAGCAGGACAGGAAGACGGAGACGAUGUUACGGCAGUCCCUGCCUUUGGAGAUGAUAACGCUCCAGCUCCAGUUGACGGUGCCAACCAAAAUGUCCUUGUAGAGGAGGAUGACGGAAGUCACAAUAGCGAGGAUGAGGAUGAAGAAGAAGAUGAUGAAGAGACAAUCCCUCGAGUUAUUGGAAAUAUCGAUGAUCCUCGGCGCAUGAAAUUGACACAAGAGGAGCAUGAGUGGGCCUUGGAAAUCAAGGAAAUGAUAGCAAAUUCCCCAGAGCUUGAUAAAUACACGGACUUCAUGUGUGCUCAGAUGGCAAUUAUUACAAGGGGUGAUUUGGAGGACGCAAUGCACCGUGCACAUGGUCUACAAGAUUUUCGGAGAGAGUACAAAAUUCUAGAUACCUUGGAACAAGGACACAUGUGCAUGAAGCAGCUUACCGAACUCCUUCCUCUCCAUUUGCUGUCAUUCAGCUUCAGUCCCAGUGAAGGUACCUACAUCUUGGCGCAUGACUUGACCAAGAUAGAUACAAAACUUCUCAACACAGUCAGCAAAGUGGAAACUUGGAUGGCGGCAUCAUAUUACUUGCACACAACUUUCUCUGCAGAUAUGGCUUCUAUUCGAAGGGGGUGUAUUGCCAUGGUUGAGUGUGAAGGCAUGGACUGGACCAAGAAGCAGGACUUCAAGCUGAUUCAAGCCAUGCUCCGUCAGCUUUUGACUGUGUAUCCAUUUAUUGGUGAAUUCAGAGGAUUUCAUACAGGAACUGUCUUCAAUGUGUUGGCUUCCAUACUCCGCCGAAUCCUUCCUAGUGAAUUCAAAGAAAAAUUCAGAACAGGGUACAGAUUCGACGGCAGGCUGGACUCCUUUUACUUGAUGCCAGAUGUGCCCACAGCAAAUCGGCGGCUGGUAUCACGUUUAUGUGAAACUCUCAAGCGCCGCUACGACAAUGAACAAACAUUCUCUCUUGACUGA